CCGUUAGCUGGACCAUGGCGGAGCUGACUCUGAUACCGCUGACAUUUGAGGACGUGGCCAUUUAUUUCUCAGAGCAGGAAUGGCAGUAUCUGCAGACAUGGCAGAAGAAGCUCUACAAGCACGUCAUGAGAACCAACUACGAGACUCUGGUCUCACUAGAUGGUGAUCUUUCUAAACCAGAGCUAAUACUCUGGAUUGAACAUGGGAGAGAGCCCUUUGGGAGCUGGGAAGAAUCCCAGAAGCUAGAAAAUUUGAACGAUUCCUCAGCUGAGGCACAUUUUGGUCCAGUGACAGAGCAACAGCUGUUGGGUGAUCCUUUGCAGGGCCUCGGCUUCUCUGGACCCUUGUUAGGAGGAAGGGAAGACGUUUUCAUCAGGCCUGAGCAAGGCCUCAGCCUCGUGACCCCACAGAGACCUGACACCCUGGCUCCAGGCUCAGCAGCCCACGGCUCUAGCAUGUCUGUGGCAGAAGGGGGAAUUUCAAGUGACAGAGCCCUGGGCCUCCUCUCUUGGCAGGGUCUCCCACGUCCUCAUCCUGCCUGUGGAGAGAGCUUUAGCAAGGAAAACCACUUAGGGACGCACCCAGAGGGCCACUCCAAGGCCCCAGCUAGUUGGGCUGGGAGGACACCUGCCAGCCAAACCGACCUGGCCGGGGCCCCCUUGAGAGGGGAGCCAAGGAAUGUCUCCUUCAGCAUGUGCACCACCUACUUGGGUCACGCCCGGCAGCAGCCCAAAGACCCGCUGCCCUUCCACUGUUCCAAGUGCGAAGCACCCUUCAGCCUGCGGAUCCAGCUGCACAUCCACCAGCAAAAGCACAAAGACCCCAGGCUCUUCCCCUGCAGCGAGUGCAGCCUCGCCUUCCCCCAUCAGUGCCACCUCCAGGAGCACCAGCACCUGAACAGCAGGGAGAAGCCUUUCCAGUGCCCGCAGUGCCCCAAGAGCUUCCGCCUCAAGGACUCCAUGCGGAGGCACCAGCUCACCCACAGCGCCCAGAAGCCCUUCCAGUGCCCGCAGUGCCCCAAGAGCUUCCACCGCAAGAGCAGCCUGCGAGAGCACGAGCUCACCCACAGCACCGAGAAGCCCUUCCCCUGUGGACAGUGUGGCAAGAGCUUCAUCAAGCGGGCCACACUGACUGAGCACCUUCGCCUGCACAGCGGUGAGAAGCCCUUCCAGUGCCCGCAGUGCCCCAAGAGCUUCCGCCUCAAAGGCACCCUGCGAGUGCACAAGCUCACCCACAGCACCCAGAAACCUUUCCAGUGCCCGCAAUGCCCCAAGAGCUUCUGUCAAAAGGGUGUCCUGCGGGAGCACCAGCACACGCACAGUGCGCAGAAGCCCUUCCAGUGCCCCAAGUGCCCCAAGAGCUUCUGUCGAAAGGGUGUCCUGCGGGAGCACCAGCACACGCACAGCAUGCAGAAGCCCUUUCAGUGUCCCAGGUGCCCCAAGAGCUUCUGCCGCAAGGAAUUGCUACAGAAUCACCAGCACACGCAUGGUGCACAGAAGCCCUACCCCUGCAGCCAGUGUGGCAAGAGCUUCAUUCGGCAGGCCCAUCUCACCAGGCACCUGGGCCUGCACAGCGGGAAGAGGCACGUGCAGUGUUCCCUCUGUGGCAAGAGCUUCCGGGCCAGGGCUGACAUGAAGACAUACCAGCUGCUGCAUGGAGGGGAGAUGCCGUUCUCCUGCAAGUGCGGCAAGGGCUUCGCCAAGCAGUUCCAGCUGGUGGAACACAUCAGGACUCACAUCAUCGAGAAGCCUUUCCAGUGUCACAAGUGCAAGAAACUUUUCCAGUGUCUCAAGUGCAACAAGGCUUUCCGCUUGAAGACACAGCUACGCAGCCACCAGGGGGUACACACUGGGGAGAGCCCUAAGUCCAAACUCACUGUCCAUGUCAGAGUGCACACAAAACGCUGUCCUGCUCCGUGGGUCCCUAAGCCUGAUCCUGAAUUUAAGAAAGGCUGAGCCUGCUAUUUACAAUGAUAGAAGCUGACUGGAUUUGAGGCAGGUGCACAGUCAACACAGCCAGUGAGUGAA